AAAUAAAGCACAGAGGGCGGGGCUCAAUGGCGGAGACACUGUCAAUCAAAUAAACUCGUUGACCUGACGUGACGUGUGACGUCAUCAAGAGCGACGAACGUUCAAGUAAGCGAGCGCCUCGUGUCUCUCACUUUACCAAAAUAAACUCGAGGCAGGGAAAGCCGUUGUCGAUUGUCUUUUUUUCCCCGAGAAGGCCGACACUGAAAAGCUUCAUAUCACACAGAAGCAGGACGUAAGUGAUACGAUUUGCCAUUUACUGUUAACGCCAAGAUGGAUGUGAAACAGGAGACGUGUGAAGUUGACAUAAAUACCAUGGAGAUCACAGCUGUAACUGUUAAAGAGGAGGAGGAUGACGACUGUGAAUGGGAGUCUGUCCACCCUAAACCGGAGAAUCUCUGCAUUAAGGAUGAAGAUUAUGAAGUGGGUUCGGUGGGCAUUAAAGAAGAGGCUGAGGAGAAGUGUGUAAGCAUUGAGACCCACCGGCAUAAAGGUGCAGAGUGUGACGACUUCAAGGUGAGGGCCAAAUCAGUGCAGUCUGACGCCAAAAGGACUGAGGAAACAUCAUCCACUAGAACUCUGCAAGAUCAACCGUCCCCUUCAAAUUGGUCUGAAAUAAAUCUUUCCAAAAUGAGAGUUUUUUGUGGAGGCUUAGAAGAGAGAAGUAAAGUAGAACAUCAAGAUGUGCAGUCCAGAAAGAACAUGGAGGCAUCAUCAGAAGUAAACAUGGAACAGACUGAGGAAAGACUUGCCGAAGAAGUUCGAAAAUAUGCACAUUUGUAUGAUUCGUCAUCACAAUACUACAAAGACUAUCAGAUGGUGGCCAAUUCAUGGUCUGAAAUCGCAGCCAAUAUCGGUUUGGAUGUGGGCGAGUGUUUGAAAAAGUGGAAAAAUGUGAGGGACAAAUAUGUUCGCCUACGGAAGAAAAUUUGUAACAGGAGGAGUGGUGAUCCUGGAGGACAAAAACUGCCUGCAUUUUAUGUUUUUCUCUCCUGGCUGGCACCACAUGUGAAGCACAAAGAGAUGGAGUCAAACUUCAAAGAUAAACAGGAUGGCGAAACUGGCAGCUGCACUUCAUUGUCACCACUCCCACAAGAAGAGAUGUCCCAGCCCCAGGAGCAGGGUAUGCUCUCCACACUAGGACAACAAAGCCUGCCAUGUGUUCCCUUAUGUCGGACAGCAACACCAGAACUGCCUACUUCAAGCAGUGCGAGCAGCCGGUCCCGGCGCACCAACCCAGUUCAGAGGAGAAGACGGCAUCAGGAAGGCUGUGGCUUAAAACAAGAAAUGGUGGAGCUUAAAAAACGCAGGUUAGAGCUCGAGAGGAGACUCUGUGACGGAAAUGAUGAGCUCACAAGGUUUGCCCUCUCCAUGGCAGACAUGCUGAGGAGGUUGCCAGAGCAAGAGAGGCCCCAUGCCAUGUUUGAGAUACACAAACUGCUGUACGAGAAGCAGCAGCGUAGCAGCACAGCAUUAUAAGAGACUGAGACGCUUCUUUGGCUUUACUCUGUGUUGGAUAAAUUUGUCCAUGUGUGUUUUUAUUAUUUUUGGCACUUUAACCUUUUAGGAUUAUUGUUAUACUUUAUAACUCUGUACACGUGGCACGUAAAGCACAAAGAAAGUUAAACAUUCUGUGUCUUCUGCAAGCCUAGGCGCUCUGUGAUGUUUUAUAAGCAAUUUUUUUUAUUAUUAUUACUAUUAUUUGUGGUGUUAUUUGUAGCUUGCUCACGCUGUCAUGAAAAUAUGACAGAAUAUCUAAUUUUAUCAAUAGUCCGUGAGUGGUAACUAAGGAUGCUCUCAUCGUGGUUUUUAAGGCUGAUACUGAUCACCGAUUUCAUGUUACUUGAUUGGCCAAUUAGUUUUUUUGUUUCUUUAGUGUAAAAAAUUUUUUAAAAGGAUAAUCUGCUGCAAAGCCAGACAAAUAGAAGUUUUAUGUCCUAUACUAAAGUGCAUUUUUUAAUUGAACUAUAGACCCCAGGUGUUAACUGUUCAUUUUUUUAUUAACAAAAUUAAAUUCUGUAGGUUUAUUGUUAGGUGACUAUAAAAUACUAAAUAAUUUUCUUGAAAUAUGUACAAAAAUAUUUAUCCAUAAUAUAUAUGGCAUAAAAAAUUAAAUGCUUCUCAUAAUUACAAGCUGUCGUAUUGU